CAGAGGUUGAAAGUCCCCCCUCCUCAGAUGCCUGGGUGGGAAGUUGCAGGGGGACACUGAGCAGGGAUCGAAGGCCGAUGUUUACCCACAACGGCGCCAAGACUGGGGUGUACCCGUUUCGCCAAUAGGUCCCAGUCUUCAACCACUCACUUUUCGGCUCCAGAGCUUGGCUUUUCGCUCACUCCACAGCUCGGCUGUAACCGUUUCGUUGGGCGGCCAGCUGUUGCAAGUAUGAGUGAUUCAACUCCUCUACUAGUUCAAUUUCCCGAGAGCGGCGGCAGCAAUGGGUAUUCCACGAGUUGGAAGUCGAGAUAUCGCAAGGCUCGCCGGGCAACUUCCAAGUUCCUCACCUCCAGAACGAAGCAUUGGCUGAUCCUCUUCCUCAUCAUCCUCGACGUUGCCGGGAUAUUGAGCGACAUCUUCAUCGCCUUGAUCACCUGCGAGUUGGAAAUCCGCGAUCAAAAAUGGGUCAAUCCGACGAGGGAAGCCUUGACAUCGUUCUCCUUGGUUAUGAGUUGCUUGUUCCUGUUGGAGCUUAUCCUGUGUCUCUGGGCAGACGGACUGCAGUACCUCAGCAACUGGUUCCAUUGCUUUGACGCCUUUGUCAUCGGUGGGAGCUUUGUAAUCGAUUUGCUGGAGCACGGUGUGGCAGAGGAGAUAGCCUCACUGAUCGUCAUCUUGCGUCUGUGGAGGUUUGUCAAGAUUGUCAAUGAGUUCAGCGUCGAAGCCUCGGAGCAGACGGAGGAAAUACGCAGGCGGGUUGAGGAGCUGGAGCUGGAGAAUGAGCAUCUGCGAGCGAAGUUGGGACGGCCCCAGUCUCAGCAUGGUGAGGAGACAGGGACAAUGUCCUGAAGCAUGAGGUUUUCCUUCGCUUUGCAUUCUGCAUCGUUUGGAUACACAGACUCCCUGGGGAUCCUGCGAGGUGUAACAAGUGCGGCAUGGCUGCACCAAAACAGUGUUUGGAGACGAAACUAAAACUUCACACUG